UCUCAUGGCAGUGUGCCAAGAGUUAUAAGGCCACUUCCUCUUAUAAUGUCAUUUUUGUCACAUUUUAUUGGUGGAAAUAAGUCAUAAUCCAGCACAGAUUCAAGGGAAGGAGAAAUAGACUCACCUUUUGAUGUGAACAGUGGCAAAAUCUCAUUACAAAAGAUAUUUGGGGGUAGACGUUAUAAUUUCAGUCAUCUUUGGAAAUAGUCUACUGUACCUACAUUUGAGGUGGAAUAUUCAGUGAGAGAUACACAGAGAUAGAUGACUUUGAGAAUAUAGUAUCUGUCAUGCAGGUAGCCACCUGGCUCCUUCAUGAGUAAAGUUAUCUCCCUUUCCUAGCUAAAAUGUAAACUGCUCAAGCACUCUUAAAAGUCUAAUAAGCCCUUCUUCCCUCAUAUUUCACAUCCUUUAGCUCUUGGCUGGACCCCCUCAGGGUUGAAGAUGUACUUCUGAUUAAUUUCACUGAUAAAGAUAGGCAAAAGGGCUCAGCUUUUGAACAUGACCUACUGUGGGGACAAAAAUAUUACCAUGUGGUGUAGCGUUUUGAAGCUCUUGUAAUUUUCAUGUUACUGACACAUUCUCAUGCCUCAGAUAGACAUUUAGAAAAACAUUUCUGAACUGUAAACCACAGUCAAGUGAUCCCUGUUCUAGCAUCUAAGCUUAACAUGUAUGAAGCUUCAGGCCCUGCUCCUGAAGAUGAAGAAGGCCUUGUGAAAGUGAAGGAGGAAGAUCCCACAUGGGAACAGGCAUGUGGCUUACAGGAGAGCAGCUCCCACACUCGGGAGGUUUGCCGCCUGCGCUUCCGGCAGUUCUGCUACCAUGAGGCUUCUGGGCCCCGUGAGGUCCUGGCUCAACUCCGAGAACUUUGCCGUCGAUGGCUAAAGCCAGAAACACACACCAAAGAGCAGAUCCUGGAGCUGUUGGUGCUAGAGCAGUUCUUGGCCAUCCUGCCCAAGGAGCUUCAGGUCUGCGCGCAAGUGUAUCAUCUGGAGAGUGGAGAGGAGGUGGUGACAGCGCUGGAAAAUCUAGAGGCAGAACAUGGAGACAUGGGACAACAGGCCUCAGUCUACAUUCAAGGACAGGACAUGCAUCUAGCAGUGACCGAAUACCAAGGAGCCUCUUUGGAGUGUCAGCACCUCCAGCUCCUGCCUGAAGUAACCACCCUGAAGUAUGAACCUCCAGAGAUCCACUUCCAAGAAGUGAGUGGGCCUGCUCCCCAGGGGCCAGCCCUUCUCCAGGAAGAAAACCUCAGAGACAAGGCAGCAGUGCCUGUGUUUAACUCAGCCAGGUCCCAGACGUUGGUGAAGACUGAGGAAGAAGCAGCCCAGGCCCUUGCCCCACAGGAGUGGCCUCAUCUGGGUUUGGCUGAGAGGAACCUCUCUGGGAACUCAGCUCAGGAAAAGGUUACAAACCUCAGUCUGAUGACUGAGGAAGUUGUGACUAAAGAUGGAUUGUUUCAUGCAAAGCAGGAAACUUCUGAAGAAGUGGACCCAGGUGGGGAGACCUCAGGAAUACCCAACAGAGACUGUGUACCCCAGAUCUCUUAUAGCAUGCCUGCCCCUCCUAAAAGGACAGUUGCACAUUUGAACACUCUGAAGGACCGUCACCUGGGUAACCUGUGGGCCCAGAUGCACAUUUCAUCCUUGGAAUAUGGUGCAGGAGACAUGACCCGUAAAGGCAAAAAAAAAGACAAACCUCGAGUGAGUGAACUGCUCCAAGGCCUCGCAUUUUCCGGUGACUCAGAGGUGGAGGAAGAUAAUGAGCCUGAGACUCAGCCUGCUCAAAAGAAGCAGAAGGUGUCAAGUGUGCCAGAGAAGAAUUGGACCAAAAGAGACAUUAAACCCAGCUUCCCAAGUUGGUCAGCACUGGAUUCUGGACUUUUGAAUCUCAAGAAUGAAAAGUUGAACCCAGUCGAACUCUUUGAAUUAUUUUUUGAUGAUGACACUUUCAACUUGAUUGUAAAUGAGACCAAUAAUUAUGCUUCUCAGAAAAAUGUCAACUUGGAAGUCACAGUUCAGGAACUGAAGUGUGUGUUUGGUGUCCUGCUUUUGAGUGGGUUUGUGAGGCGUCCUAGAAGGGGGAUGUAUUGGGAAAUCUCUGAUGCCGAUAAGAAUCUGGUUAGAGAUGCAAUUAGAAGGGACAGAUUUGAAUUGAUUUUCUCAUACCUACAUUUUGCAGAUAAUAGCCACCUAGACCAAAAAGAUAAGUUUACAAAAUUAAGGCCUCUCAUAAAGCAAAUGAAUAAAAAUUUCCUCUUGUAUGCUCCCCUAGAAGAAUACUAUUGUUUUGAUAAGUCCAUGUGUGAAUGCUUUGAUAGUGACCAGUACCUGAAGGGAAAGCUUACAAGAAUUGGCUAUAAAAUUUGGUGUGGUACAACCACACAGGGUUAUCUGGUUUGGUUUGAGCCCUAUCAAGAAGAACCAACUGUGAAGGCAGAUAAAGAUCUUGAUCUUGGUUUAGGUGGGAAUCUAGUGAUGAACUUUGCUGAUGUUCUUUUAGAGAGAGGUCAAUAUCCCUAUCACCUGUGUUUUGAUAGUUACUUUACAAGUGUCAAACUGAUGUCAGCCUUGAAGAAGAAGGGACUGAGGGCAACAGGAGCAAUUCGUGAAAGCAGGGCUGAAAAAUGUCCCCUUAUGAAUGCAGAACACAUGAAAAAAAUGAAGAAGGGGCAUUUCGAUUUUCGAGUGGAGGAAAAUGAUGAGAUAAUGUUGUGUCGUUGGCAUGGUGAUGGCAUUAUCAGCCUGUGCUCCAAUGCUGUAGGCAUAGAACCAGUGAAUGAAGUAAGUUGUUUUGCUGAUGAUGAAGAGAUCCUUCAGAUAAGUCAGCCAUCCAUAGUAAAACUGUAUGAUGAAUGCAGGGAAGGUGUAGCUAAAAUGGAUCAAAUCAUUUCUAAAUAUAGGGUGAGGAUAAGAAGCAAGAAAUGGUACUCAAUUUUGGUAAGCUACAUGAUUGAUCUAGCCAUGAACAAUGCAUGGCAGCUACACAGAGCCUGUAACCCCAGUGCUUCUCUAGACCUCUUGGAUUUUCGGAGAUGUGUUGCACAUUUCUACUUGGAACCCAAUGCUAAUCUGUCAGAUUAAGGCAGAUAAAAUGGACACAGUGCAGACCUUAACAAGUUACAGGAAAGUCAUAACUACACAUUAGAUUGUACAUCCCAAAGCAAACCUGAUG